CAGACAUUUCUAUUUUUUAGUGCCUAACCAUAGUUUACUUACCUUAAACAUUCAUAUCCAAUUAGUUCUGUAAUUUUUUGCAGUUAAUAUUCUCAAUAUGGAGUGGUCGUUUGAGCGACUUCAAGAACUGGCCGCAAAAGUGUCCGCUAUUUCUCAGUUUACAGUGGCAGUGCUAGGCUUAAUCGCCUUUCUGUUACCCAUCUUACAACGAUUAACUGUAGUUCACGAAGACACUAUUUAUCUAUUACCAAAUUCUGUUGUGUCCUUUAUAUAUCAAAUACUUGUUUUUUUCCACAUUCCUCAACUGAUGGUGUAUAUCCGACCACAAAAAUACUAUGAUGAUCUGUCUAAACGGUUAAAUGUUUUAUUUGUCCAUAGAAAGCGAACUUGCAAAAUCAGCGGAAGCUUCAAAUAUCUGCGUAUCCUCACAAGUGGAAGCUAAUAUUGAGUUUGCACUUGUCACGGGAUUAGUCAACACAGGCAACUCAUGUUUUAUGAAUUCGGUCUUACAGGCUUUAUCGUCUCUACCUCAUUUACAUAUUUACUUAGAGCAUGUUAGUCAUACAGUACCCAAUGGUGUUCCAUUACCAGUAAUACGUUCUUUAUUAAAAACAAUCCGAACACUUACCAAACCACUCAAUCGACGGUCCUCUAUUCGGCCUACGGAUAUUGUUACGGCAUUAUCAUCCAACCGUCGUAUUAUCAGCCGCGAACAACAAGAUGCACAGGAAUUUUUUCAACUGGUAGCAAGUGCAAUGGAGGUAGAAGGACAUAGAACGGCAAUAACCGAAAGAAUAGGUGGAGGAUUGAAGGAUUUGUUAAGACCGAAAACAUUGAAAGGCUACAUUACCCGAUCAGCUUGUUUACGACGACAGCAACAGCGAAAUAUAAAAAUGUCAUCGAACAUCCACGGUAGCAGUAGCAAGUUGGAAAACCCUCUCACCGGUUUAUUGGCGAAUAGGCUUUCUUGCAUGCAAUGUGGCUACACAGGUGCUAUUCGACAUUUUACUUUCAAUAACAUUCAACUGAACGUUCCUAGAAAGUAUACGGCAACUUUGGAAGAGUGUCUGUCAGAGUUCACAGAGAUAGAAUAUCUUCAGGACGCUAGCUGUAGACGAUGUUCAUUUGAAACGACUAUCAGACAAUUAUCGGUACAAAUAGAGGCCCUUCAGCAUGAAUUAAAACGAUCAAAUAAUCUCAGAAAAAAGAGCAAGAGUGAAUCUAAUAUUAGCAGUAGCAACAAAAAGAAAAAGGAACUAUUGACACAAAUUGUUCAUAUUGAAAGAAUCAAAGAAAAGAUUAUCAACAGGUUGAAGGCUGGGCGAAUAGAUGAAGAUGAUGAUGGCGAUCAGGCCAAUGAUAGGAUUAAAUUGCCACUUGUUAAAUCAAUCAGUCGGAUGAGUACAAAGCAAGUCAUGUUAGCAAAACCACCUAAAAUACUUUGUUUACACAUAAACCGAUCAGCUUUUCAUACUACUGGUGCUGUUUAUAAAAACGCCUGUCGAAUUAUAUAUCCUGAAUAUUUAGAUAUGUCACCUUUUUGUACCAACGGCACAUUACAUACACAACCCAAUAUACCAAUUUCGACACCAAGUAAUGACGAUAAUACUACACUAAUAAGAAGUAGAAGGAGAGGAGCAGGCGGAAAUCUGAUAUAUCGUCUUAUGAGUGUGAUAGUUCAUUAUGGUAGUCAUAGCUUCGGCCAUUUUGUUACUUAUAAGCGUCGAAUUUAUACCAAACAAUGCAAAUGUCACGAAUGUCACAGUACAGCAUCAUACAGUGCUAUGACCAACGGCGAGGAGUGGAAAUGCCAAAAUGUAUGGUAUAGAAUCUCGGAUACAAAGGUGGAUGAGUGCAGCAUAGACGAUGUUAUGCGAGCCAACCCUUACAUGUUGCUAUAUGAACUUAUUGAUGAAGACUCGGAUUAUAAAAAGAAGAAUAAUUGCCUUUCUACCGACUGCCUGGUGGAAACAGAGCUUCAACUGCAUGAAGAAGCAAGUAAAAAUAGUGAUAACAGCACUGAUUGGUCAGAUGAGAAUGGAGAGGGUCAAGACGAGGAGAGUACUAAUAGUAGCAGUACAAGCAACAGCGGUAGCUCUGCAGUUACAACGGAUAAAGACGGCAAUCAUAACGAAGUAUAUGAUUUUAUCCAGGCAAAUGACGCUUCGGUCAAAGAAGCAUUGCAUAUUGCGAAUUCUCUUAUCCAUAAACAUGAUGUGCUGCUGGCGGCACAUAACACUGAUAACCUCGAUUGAAAAGGGAAUUAUAGAUACCCGUUUCCCUAUUUUAACAGAUGAUAGUCAUGCAACCUUACCAUUCCAUUGUACAUAUCCUCAAAACCCCGCCUCCAAAGCUUGUUACAAAUAAUUUUUAAAAAAACUAGUAAUGUUAUGAGAUACCAAAUUUAUUGACCAAGAGAAUAUAGUAGCAGUAAAA